AUGGCUCCCGAAAACGAACUCGCCACCAUAGUGGUGCGCUCCGAAAAAGACGAGACUCCCCAGCCUGAUCUGCAAACCGUAUACGAGAAAAAGAAUGACGCGGUUUAUCCUCCUGAGAAUACGGAUCGGAAGAACCCCGUUGGCUCGCGCAUGGGUUCACUGCUCAGGGCCUUCGAACAACAGCUUGUCGAAUAUAACCUGGAGGCGCGAGGCAUCGAGCGAGUCGCUCCAGAUGAGCGUAUGAAGCGUCUGUCCUGGGUUUCAUAUCUGCAGGCCUUUCUGCUGUGGGUGUCAAUAAACCUUGCGGCCAACAAUAUUACGUUGGGAAUGCUGGGCCCUGCGGUGUAUGGACUUAGCUUCUUGGACUCGUCGCUUUGCGCUGUCUUUGGUUGCUUUGCUGGUUCUCUAGUUGCUGCAUGGGUGGCUACUUGGGGACCCGUUUCAGGCAUCCGAACUAUGGCAUUCGGCCGCUAUUCGAUGGGCUGGUGGCCCAGCAAGAUCAUCGUGCUACUAAAUCUUAUUCAGAUGAUUGGAUACUGCUUGAUUGACUGUGUCGUCGGUGGACAAAUUCUCUCUGCAGUUUCGCCAGGAGGCAUGUCUGUCGCCGUAGGCAUUGUCAUCAUUGCAGUCAUCACUUGGGUAGUGGCUACAUUCGGCAUUCAAGCCUUCCACUACUACGAACGGUUCGCAUUCGUGCCUCAGCUGAUCGUCGUCUGCAUCCUAUUUGGUGUCUCAUCGACGAAAUUCGACAUUUACACAGUCACCUCAGGCGACGCCCGUACUAUAGCCGGUUAUCGUUCUUCUCCCUCUGCCUCAGCGCAGCAAUCACCUAUGCCCCCCCUUGCCGCAGACUUUUUCGUCUACUACCCUGAACACACCUCCCGCCUCACAAUUUUCAGCCUCACUUUCGCCGGCCUCCUCACCUCCUUCACCUUUGCCAUAGUCUGCGGCAUCGGUCUCGCAUCCGGUAUAACCGCUCACCCGGAAUACGCCACCGCUUACGCAAAAGGCCAAGGUGCCCUCAUUGUUGAAGGUUUCGGACCUCUCCACGGCUUCGGCAAAUUCUGCUCCGUCAUCAUCGCCCUAGGCCUAGUCGCCAAUACAGUGGCGCCGACAUAUUCCGCCGGUGUCGAUUUCCAGAUCCUGGGAAGAUAUGCCGAGAAAGUCCCCCGUGUCAUCUGGAACACGGUUGGAGUUAUCAUCUUCACUGUUUGCGCGCUUGCAGGACGCAGCUACCUCUCGGAUAUCUUCACGAAUUUCCUCGCGUUGAUGGGCUACUGGGUUGCUAUCUGGUUUGCCAUUGUCGUCGAGGAGUUUGCGAUUUUCCGCUGGCGCAGUGGAUAUAACUGGGCUGCUUGGCGCGAUCCAAAAAAGCUCCCUGUUGGUAUUGCUGCUUUCAUUGCAUUUGCUGUUGGGUGGGUUGGAGCUGUGUUGUGUAUGGCUCAGGUGUGGUAUAUUGGCCCGCUUGCGAAGCUGGUUGGUGCUUACGGUGCCGAUAUGGGUAACUACGUUGGGUUUUCCUGGGCUGCGGUGCUUUACCCUCCACUGAGAUACGUGGAACUGCGCUACUUUGGCCGUUAG